AUGGGGAACCCAUUUGCGAAAAUGCCCCAAGUUGUAGUCUUUAACGACACCCUUCUCAAGUAUGCGAGCAUGGAUAUUGGGGAGCCUCAGUUCAGUAAGGAGGUUGAUGAGCUGUUAAGAGGUCAGCUAAAGGGAUGCCUUUACAGCUCCGGUCCCCGGAGUUUAACCUGCUCUGGCCUCUGGCUGAGCUUCCGGAGGUAUUUGCGUGAUUGGUUUCGUAAUAGGAAGCUUCAGACUGAUUAUAUGAUUGGUUUGGUGCAUGGAGUAAAAGUUUUAAUUGAUAAGCACAAUGGGAAAUCGAAACUGGAGAAGGAGAGGUACAGUUCUUGUGCAAUUGUGGGGAAUAGUGGGAUUUUAUUGAAUAGUGAGUAUGGCAAGGUGAUUGAUGGCCAUGAUACGAUUGAAGAAUGCAAGAACUGGAGGACUCGCAUACUUGAGAAGGGUGUCGUUAAAGACUACAGCUUGGGGCAUUUUCGCAAAUGGGUUACCGAUUCUUGA